AUGCCUGAGAGUGGCCCUUCAUCAUCAACAACAACUACAACAACUGCAGCAGCAGCACCGGCAGCGACAACCUCCGUAUUGAAUCACAAUCGUCACCAUCACCAUCAUAACAGAGACCACAAUCACUCACAGCAACAGCAACACCACCAUCAUCAGCACCAGCACUCGUCUUUCCCCAUUAGAAUCUUAUCGACUAAACCAAAUAACAGUGGUGGUAUUAUUAUUAACAACAACAACAAUAACAGCGGCGGCAGCAAUAAUAAUAAUCUUAAUAAUAACAAGGAUACCAUUUUACCGUCUUCAAACUCGAGCAGCAGUUCAUCGUCGCCCAUAACAUCAUCGGAUACUACUGGUCAGUUUGUACCACCAAGAAGUGAUAAUCAUCAUCAGCAACAUCAGCAACAGGUGCCCGCUCUUGCCGCUGGUAACAGUACCCCAAAACAACCACCACAGGCGUUACCCUCAAGCCACUCUUCACCAUCUCAGGCACCUCCAACCACAAGCAGAAGACCUUCCUUUGGAUUGCAUUUCUUGACUAAUUUGAGCAUGAGAUCACAAUCUGACUCCAAUACUGCUAAAUCGUCGUCAACGUCAUCACAUUUCAAUCAAUCACUGCAACCACCGCCACCACCACAAUCAGCUAAUAGAUUUGCUCAACCAAGCCAACCUAACCGACUGCUACAAGCGCAACAACAAGCGCAACAACAGGCUCAGCAACACCGCCAAUAUAUGCAGUCUUUGCAACAGCCCUUGAUGUCAAAUAGUCCUACUAUUGGUGAUCUUCACACAUAUAUUCAUGGCGACAAUGGAACUGCCGCCACCAACACAGGUCAAGACGACGCUGAUGCUACUGCAUUUCACGAUAACCAGUCCAAUCAACCUCUUUCUUCAGCUAUAGAUUCAGAUAAUGUUCCACCGCGCCAAACUGCAAGAGCCGCCGCGUCUGCGCAUAUCUUGGAAGAUAUCCAUGGAGACGAGCCAAAUGUGGUUGUAAUCGAGUCCGAUAGUGAAAUGGCAUCUCCUGCAAACCAACAACAACUGCAAGAGCCAGCAUCAUCAACAACAACAACAAAAGCUGCUCCUCCAGUUGCUACAGCAUCUGCUUCUGCUGAAGAUGAAUUUUCAAAUGGCAUGGACAAAGAUGGCCGUUUCUCAGUUAGACUAACUCCAUUGAUUGACCAUUCGUCUGCAUCAUCCGGCUUGUAUUUCUCACCAAUUAUUCGCAAAAUCAAACCAAAGAACACCUUGAGUAUAGGAAGAUACACGGAAAAGAAUAAAGCUGCAGCUCAUGCGGCUCAGGGCUCAUCAGCACCAAUUGUCUUCAAAUCCAAGGUUGUUUCAAGAACGCAUGCAUUAUUAGAUUGCAAUGAAGACGGCCAAUGGUUUCUCAAAGACUGUAAAAGCUCGUCGGGAACGUUUCUUAACCACAUUCGGUUAUCGCCUGCAUCGCAAGAGUCAACUUUAAUGCCCAUAAUCGAUGGCGAUAUCAUCCAACUAGGUAUGGACUAUCGCGGCGGCACCGAAGAAGUUUACAGAUGCGUCAAGAUGAGGUGUGAAUUCAACAAGAGCUGGCAGAGAAAAGUAAACCAAUUCAAUUUGGAGAUUCACCGGAAAUUCAAAAACUUGCAUUUGGGAGGAAACGCCACUGGGGAAACUGACGGUUCAAAUGGCGGCGCAAUUGACGCAAAUGGAAGCUUGGGUGCAAUCAGUGCCACUGAUAGCAACAUCAGCAGCGAGUGCGCCAUUUGCUUGAUGAAAGUUGAGCCUUGUCAAGCAUUGUUUAUCAGUCCUUGUUCCCAUUCAUGGCAUUAUAAGUGCAUCAGACCUAUUAUUAUAAAGAGCUAUCCGCAAUUUUACUGUCCCAACUGUCGAACCAUGUGUGAUUUGGAAACUGAUCUCGAAGAUGAUGAUUAA